CUGUUUGUCCGCCACUGUUUGAAAACAGUUGGCGCCGGCGCCGCCGCCGCCGCCGCCGCCGCCGGGGCCUCAGUUCCAGGUCAGCCCCCGGCCUGACGCGGCGUUGCGUCCCCCGGGAGCUGCGCUAGGCGAACGGCUGCGGCGCUUUGUGCUCCAGUCGUUCCUAACGCUCCCUGGCCCGGCCGGGGCCGCGCAGUUAGGGCGUCUGAGGCGGGGAGAAGCGGCGGGGAGACGCCGGCUGCCAGCAUGUCGCUGCCUCCGGAGAAAGCCUCCGAGCUGAAGCAGCUCAUCCACCAGCAGCUGAGCAAGAUGGAUGUCCAUGGCAGAAUAAGAGAAAUCCUUGCUGAGACUAUACGGGAAGAAUUGGCACCUGAUCAACAACAUUUAUCAACAGAAGAUUUGAUCAAAGCCCUUAGACGUCGAGGAAUCAUUGACGAUGUGAUGAAAGAACUUAAUUUUGUUACUGACAGUGUUGAGCAAGAACUCCCUUCCUCUCCAAAACAACCUAUUUGUUUUGAUAGACAAUCAACAUUAAAAAAAACUAAUAUUGAUCCAACACGGAGGUAUCUUUACCUUCAGGUUUUGGGUGGAAAAGCUUUCUUGGAACAUCUGCAAGAACCUGAGCCUUUACCUGGACAAGUUUGUUCAACGUUUACUUUAUGUUUACAUUAUCGAAACCAACGUUUUCGUUCUAAACCUGUUCCAUGUGCCUGUGAACCAGAUUUUCAUGAUGGCUUUUUACUUGAAGUACACAGAGAAAGCUUGGGUGAUGGAACUAGAAUGGCUGAUUCAACAACAAUGUUAUCAAUAAGUGAUCCAAUUCAUAUGGUGCUAAUCAAAACAGACAUAUUUGGUGAGACGACUUUAGUAGCAUCGUAUUUUCUGGAAUGGCGAUCAGUUUUGGGCUCAGAAAAUGGAGUGACCAGUCUGACUGUGGAACUUAUGGGUGUAGGCACAGAAUCAAAAGUUUCUGUGGGAAUUUUAAAUAUAAAACUUGAAAUGUAUCCACCACUCAAUCAAACGUUAUCUCAAGAAGUAGUGAACACACAGCUUGCUUUGGAACGUCAGAAAACUGCAGAGAAAGAGCGAUUAUUUCUUGUAUAUGCUAAGCAGUGGUGGAGAGAAUAUUUGCAAAUUCGACCCUCACACAACUCACGACUGGUUAAGAUUUUUGCACAGGAUGAAAAUGGGGUAAAUAGACCAGUCUGUUCCUAUGUUAAACCACUUCGAGCUGGACGGCUUCUUGAUACUCCAAGGCAAGCAGCAAGAUUUGUUAAUGUCCUUGGUUAUGAACGAGCCCCUGUUAUUGGAGGAGGAGGUAAACAGGAGCAGUGGUGCACUCUGCUGGCCUUUCUCUGUAGAAACAAGGGUGACUGUGAAGAUCACGCUAACCUUCUGUGCAGCCUUCUUCUUGGAUAUGGAUUAGAAGCCUUUGUUUGUGUUGGGACCAAGGCAAAAGGAGUACCUCAUGCAUGGGUUAUGACUUGUGGAACUGAUGGGACCAUCACUUUUUGGGAGAGUUUAACAGGACACAGGUACAUCCAUAAACCUACCAAUCCUGAUGAACCUCCAGUUGCUGAACAGCCCAAACCACUGUACCCAUAUCGAACAAUUGGUUGUGUUUUCAACCAUCAAAUGUUCCUGGGAAAUUGUCAGCCCUCUGAUGCAGUAGAAACCUGUGUAUUUGAUUUGAAUGAUGAAUCUAAAUGGAAACCCAUGAGUGAGGAAGCAAUUAAAUCUGUAUGUGCUCCUGGAGCUACAACAUCCCUUCCUCCCUUUCCACCUCUGUGUGCAUCCACAAUUGACGCAUCAGUAACAAGUAAUGAAAUUGAAAUGCAGCUGAGGCUCCUGGUGUCAGAACACAGGAAGGAUCUUGGCCUCACUACUGUUUGGGAAGACCAGCUCUCCUACCUUUUAUCACCAGCUUUGGCUUCUUAUGAAUUUGAGCGUACAACAAGUAUAUCAGCAGGCAAUGAAGAAUUUCAAGAUGCCAUAAGAAGGGCUGUACCUGAUGGUCACACAUUUAAAGGGUUUCCAAUACAUUUUGUGUAUAGAAAUGCAAGACGUGCAUUUGCCACAUGUCUUCGAUCUCCUUUCUGUGAAGAAAUAAUCUGUUGCCGUGGAGACCAAGUGCGACUGGCAGUUCGUGUCCGAGUGUUUACUUACCCUGAAUCUGCAUGUGCUGUUUGGAUCAUGUUUGCUUGUAAAUAUCGCUCGGUAUUAUAGGGCCAAUAUUUAUAUAAGAAUUAUACCUGUGUUUAAUUGGAAUUUUACACAUUGUACAUUACUUAGCUAUUUAGAGGUUUGUUAUUUUAAAAUCACAAUCUGGCUUGAAUGGCAUAUUUCAAUUUUGUAUAUACUUGACUGGUAAUGUUUAAAAAAAAUCAUGCGUUCCUUUAAAAAUUAAGGCUGAAAAACUUGUAUAAAUCUCCCUGGAAUUUAGUAUAAAUUAAGUGUAUAUUCUAUUUUAAUAAAUGCUACUUUGUUUACAGUUAUCAGUAGUUUAAAUAUUAAUAUAAAAUGCAUUCAGUUUUCUUUACACAAACAGGUAAUCAAAGAGAUGUUUGUCUUAGGGUUUGAGCCCUAGAAAAAUCAAUAUGAUCAUUACUUUUCACAGGUUAAUGGAAUUAUUUUAUACAGAUUAGGAGAAAUUAACCUCAUGACAGAUUUAUUUAUUGCAUUGGUGAAAAUAAAUGUUGAUGAAUUAUCACUUUUAUGGUUUAUUCGUGGCCCUUGGGAUGUUUGAGACUGUCCAGAAAUUUAUGGUUGGACCUUGAAGCAAGAGUAGGAAAAAACUAAUACCAGAAAAGCAUAAAUAUUAAUAACCUCAUAUGAAAGUACAUGAAUCAUUUAGAAAUAUUUAUCACUGUGAUUUGUUGUAAAAAUGAAUUGGCUAUUUUAGAAAAAAUUUAUUAUACCUCUUUGUUAUGAUACUGAUAAAUUGUGAUCUUGCGGUCGAUCACUGAUUUUCUGUGGUCAGAUGAUUCAUUACUAGCCUCUUCAUGGAUUCUAUCUUCUGAAACCCUUUUUUCUUUCUUUUCAUCGUGAUAAUAAAAUCAGCAUAUAUGUGACUACUCUAAAUGAGGGAUUGAUUGUGUGAGACCACUGAAAACAAGCAUAUGUGAGUGAUUCCAUACUGAUUUUUGUUUUAAAAUUGAGCACGUUUUAAAAGUUUUUUAAGGCCCGGCGCAGUGGUUUACACCUGUAAUCCCAGCACUUUGGGAGGCCGAGGUGGGUGGAUCACUUGAGGUCAGGAGUUCGUGACCAGCCUGGGCAACAUGGUGAAACCCUGUCUCUACUAAAAAUACAAAAAUUAGGCCGGGUGCGGUGGCUCACACCUGUAAUCCCAGCUACUCAGGAGGCUGAGGCAGGAGAAUCGCUUGAACCUAGGAGGCAGAGGUUGUAGUGAGGUGAGAUCGCGCCACUGCACUCCAGCAUGGGAGGCAGAGCGAGACUGCAUCUCAAAAAAAAAAAAAGGGCCGGGCAUGGUGGCUCACACCUGUAAUCCCAGCACUUUGGGAGGCUGAUGUGGGUGAAUCACGAGGUCAGGGGUUCAAGACCAGCCUGGCCAACAUAGUGAAACCCCGUCUCUACUAAAAAUACAAAAAUUAGCUGGGCAUGGUGGCAUGUGCCUGUAGUCCAGCUACUCAGGAGACUGAGGCAGGAGAAUCGCUUGAACCUGGGAGGUGGAGGUUGUGAUGAGCCAAGAUCAUGCCACUGUACUCCAGCGUGGGCAACAGAGCAAUACUCUAUCUCAAAAAAAAAGUUUUUUAAAAGUUAAUUUUAAGUAGCUAGGCAUGGUGUCACACACCCAUAAUCCAAGCUACUAGGGAGUCUGAGGUGGAAGGAUCGCUUGAGUCCACAGAGGUUGUGGUGAGCUAAGAUCGCAUCACUGUAUUCCAGCCUGGGUGACAGAGCAAGACUCUGUCUCAAAAAAAAGAAAAAAAGUGUGAAACUUGAUUCCUCAAUUUAUUUUAAAAUUUUAUAUAUUUAAAAAAAGUGUGAAGUGAACAAAAGUAAACAUUAAAAAGAGUAGCAAUUCAACUUUUUGCAAGAAGCUGCAUAAUACAUGAUAUGAGGGGUUUGAUUGCCCAUUUAGCACUUCUGUGCAUAGUUCUUUUCAUUUUUUUUAAGUUUUUUAUUUUUUCAAAGAAUCUUUGUUCACUCUGAUGUGUGUAAUUCUUAAUUUAGUUGCUUUAUCCAUUGGUCUUAAGAAAGGAACUCUAUACCAGUUGGCUAUCCAAGUUAUUAAUUCUUUUAAUCACUUUAAUUCACCCCUACAAAUAAAAUGAUUUUGUUUUUCGAAAA